AUGUUGAAUGUCAGUUGCCAGAAACAGAAGCAGUGCAGUUCACUUCCCGCUGACUCUUUCACAGAGAGCCCCAUGGAGUUUGUGGGACAACCAAGACCUUCUGAGGCCUGUGGCCUCUUAGGAGUACCAGGGCUCAGCAUCUUGGACCUGGACCUGGACGAUGAUGAGGGUGAGGUGGUGAUCGGCAUCAGGCCCAAAUCUUCUCCUCUCCCACGGAGAAAGAGCUCUAUCUCAGAUGAGGAAUUGGACCCUGAGCCGCCCCUGUGCGGCUCCAGGAGAGUGUCCUUUGCAGACUCCAAAGAGGAGCUGUUCGUCAACGUCCGGGAUCAGAAAGUGGAGUUGGAGACUAUCGAGGUGCUUCCAGGGACCACAAUACUGAGAGGAGUGAUCCGUGUCCUCAACAUUUCCUUCACUAAGGCUGUAUAUGUCCGAACCACUUUGGACACUUGGUCCACCCACUUUGAUCUCUUGGCAGAGUACAUCCCCGGCUCCAGUGACAAUCUGACGGACUGUUUCUCCUUUAAGCUCACCUUAGUGCCACCAUUCGGGGAGCAGGGAGCCAGAGUUGACUUUUGCCUGCGAUAUGAGACUCCUGUGGGGACCUUUUGGGCCAACAAUAACGACAGGAACUAUGUGCUGUUCUGUCACCAAAGAGUGAAAGAGAGGAAAGAGAAACAAGAGAAGGAAAUUGUGAACAAGAAAAGCUGCCUUAAGAUUGUUAGUCAGAAUUUCUCCACUAUGGAAAACAUUUCAGCAGUGGAAGCUUCGUCUCAGGAAAAUAUAUCAACAGAUGUGUCAAAACAUGUAGAGAAAGUGGACACUGUGAAAGCCAGGCAAAUCUCUGAUGGUCAGUCAGGACCAUUGGAGGAAGAUGGACAGAAGUUACUGACCGAGAGCCGAAGGAACUGCAGCCGAAGAAAUCGCAGAAAGGCUGCACGGAUGGCUCGGGUGAGGGACCUCUUUGCUCAAAAACUUGAAAGAGAGAAUGACACUGAAAGAGAUGGAUCACCUCCAGAAGCAAAACAGGCAGCUCAGGAAGAAACCCCAGAGGAAGAGCACUCUGAUGUGCAAUCCUUUCCUGAGGGUAGCAGCAAUUCUGAUGGUUCUCUUGUUUCUGAAUCUCUGGAAACAUGCAGCGAACCCAUCCUUGAUCUUCUACAUGAUGCGUCACCAGCACACGACAACACAUCUAACAGCCAGCCAAAGAAAUCUGAGAGCAUCAGUUUGGCUGCUUUGGCCUCAUUAAUAGGAAGUGAGAGUGCCACCGAUAUCCAGGGCAACCUAUUGCAUUCAAAUGAUGAGCCUGCUCCUGCAGAACAUCACAAUAUCAACAAGUCUGUCUCCAAAGCUGAUGGCAGCAGUCAGAGGCAAAGCAUGAGUUAUAAAUGUACUGGCAACAUUGCAGCUAAACCAGCUGACAGUGUUAUUUCAGCAGUGAGCGAUGAAACCCUCGUUAGCAACACCAACAACCUCACAUUUGGAACAGUGGUGGCUCCAUUAUAUCAUCAGGUGUUUGGCAGAUUGGGAAGUGAAAGUCAGAGUGUAGGUGAUUGGGGAAAUCCAGUAUGGGGUGCGCUGAAUGUUGGAGACUUAACUCAAAGUUACCCUUGCACUGAAAGAAGAGAGACCAGCUGCAUUGUUCUAAAAGAUACUGGAGGUAACAAUGACAAAGUUCAGACAAAUGUUAAGACUCAAGAAUCAAACCAAGAAUGCCUAGAUGCCACUUCGAAUCAUCCUCCCAUUGAAGAAACAGGUUUGACUGUGACAGCGAAUCACAUCCAGGACCAUGCAGAAACUCUGGAGGAGAUUAAACAUUCAGACAAGAGAUGCACAAAUACAUCUGAUGUUCCAGAAACUGUUUCAGGAGAUACAGUUGUACAUGCUGUAAACAUUUUAAAUACAGAUUUGUUGGAUCCACAGAUACCCAAUGAGAGUUUACAUCUCCAGGGAGAAGCACAGGAAGACAAUCUAACCCAUGACCUAACCCAUGACUCAAGCCAAACUACAGCAGAAACAGCGUGGGCUCAACUGCCAGAGCAUACAUGUAUUCAAAUUAAACCUAAUCUUGAUGAAACAUGUGCACAAAGUGAAACACAAGAAGUCAUGACCGGUCCAGAAACCACAUUUAUGUCACUCAACGACUUUGAGUGUGUGGAUGAGCCAAAAAAAGACAAUGAAGUUGACAAAACAGUAACUGUAUCAACAAUCAAUGCCUUUUCAGAGGAGGAUAAACUAUUAGAACCUUUACAUGACUUGAUACCUAACUACACCAGUAGUUCAGAUAGUAAAGAAACAGGGAAUACUAAUGUUACAUGUUUUAAAAUUGUUGAGGAAAAGGAUGUCACAAAACCCCAGAUAUCUCUUGAAACUCAUGAUGAAAAAAUGAACAAUGUGGAAGAAGAAAACAAAGAAGCGAACAACUCGCAUAAUGACGAAACAAAACAAUCCGCUGAAAUUGAAGUAACUGGUGAAGUGGCAGAGUCAAUGCCAAAAGCAAUGAUGAGCAACCAUCACAUACAUAGUGACAUGUUUGUGGAGCUCAAAGAUGAAGACACUGUAAAAUUAGAAAUUAUUGUUUCAGGAAAAGUAGAGCAUCUUGAAAUUGAGGCUGAUGUUUCAAAAUUUGAGGAUUUUUGUUUAGCAGACACCACUGAAGUAAAAAAUUGGGAAAAGAUGGUUGAAGAAGAGGAGAAAAAUAUAUUGACAGAUGGAGAGGAAAGAGAGGCAGGGAGUUCAAAAGCAGAGGGCACUGAAGCAGUGGAGAAAGACCAAGGAGAACAGUUGGAUGACGCAAAUAUUGAGACAGCAUCAGAAAAUAGAGAUAGAACAGAGACAGAAAUAGAGAAAACAGGGGGUGAAAUGGUGGUGGUGAUCACAGCUGCAAGAGAGAAAGAGAACCAGGCUGAUGAUGCAGAUGCUUUAGAGGACAAAUGGAAGAUUGGAGGGAAACAAAUUGGGGAGAUUGUUGUUGCAAAAAAUAGGAAAGAAGUUGAGAAAGAAUUGGAAUAUGUUCAAGAGAAGACAGCUGGAGAGGAAGAGGUAGCUGAAGGGACUGAAGUAGAGGCAGGAGAGGAACAAGACGAGACAGAGUUAGGGAAAGGAAAACACUUUACAGAGACACAAAAGGUCAGUGUUGAAAGAACAAAUAUCCAAGAAGAAUCCGAUGAAGCAGGUAUGGAAUGGGAGGAUCGGGUAAAACCAGAGGUAGAAAAUGUAGAAGAGGAGAAUCCAGGUUACAGGGAGGCAAUUCUAGUUGAUGAAAUGGGAGAGUCAGAGAUUUUAGAUGCAAAGUCAGAGAGCGUGACAAUAGAGGACAGAGAAAAUGAAGUGGAGUGUUUGGAAGAGAGGUUAGACAUUAUACAAAACAAGGUUGAGGAUGAUUUAUCUGCUCGGGUGAACAAUGUGCAAGAAAAGGGAGUGAUUGACAAAGAAAAUACAGGAGAAUGGGAAAAUGCACACACCCUAACUGGAAUGCAUCUUUACAAAGAGGAAGAUUUUCAAAACAACGGGAAUGUUACACAUGACCUAUCGAAAGCUGCAAGAGAUGAGAAUGAGUCAGCUGCUGCAGAGGGAAGUUCAUGCGUUUUCGCAGAUGGCCCUGAAAGCGACCAAUUAAGUCACGACAGCGCUUCAGCAGAUUCUGACUCAGACGAUGAGGUGGAGUUGUACAUGCACUGUCUGAGGGCUGUUCACACUGGGCCACAGGUCCAUAAAGACAGGAACAAAGAUACAGGCUUUAAUGUAGGUAAAAGGCCCUCCGUGAGCAGAAGCAAACUGCUGUCCACACCUAUGCCGUCCAUCAGUGAGUCUCUGGAUGAAGAACAAAGCCUCAGUUGCCUUCAGGACAAUCUUGAAGACACGGAGACAGUGGACAUUGAACCUACAUUUACAGCUCUGCCAGCGUCAAGUAGACAGGAAAGCAUCAACAGAAAUGUUUCGUGGUGGAUAGAGACUUUUUCCUGCAGCAAUAUCUCAAAAACAUUGUUAUACGCCACCUUGUUAGUGGUAUUUCUAGUUGUGGCCUACCAUUAUGAUUUUCUUGCCUGUUUUGGGCUCUACUUGAUAUCAUUGAUUUGGCUCUGCUGUCAUGGAGAGAGGCAGACAGGUAAAAACAACAACAGAUUAGGCUGAAUCGAACUGUUUAACAUGGACGUCUGAUGUUUAUGAGUGUACAAGGUGCUGACAUGACACCCACAAAGCUCUGCUCCCUUUUUCCUACAUCCUACUGUACCACCAUUUGAUAUUUCCCUUUGUCUGAAGAUAUUUGAACAAGACCUACACAAUAAGUAAUGGUAUAAAUAGAACAAAUAGAAAGAAGAAAAAACAAAGAAAAUGAUAAUAAUGGGCAUUUAUUUAAAUCAUAUAUGACACAUAUCAGAAUGAAUGCUGUAUAUUCCCUAUGGGAGGACGUUAACUCUCUGUUGUCAAGAGUAUGAACCAAUUUCCUUUAUACAUUAUUGUACAUAAAGCUUAGCGUCGACUCAGACAACAGGCUGCGGACCAUUGCUCACACUGAUCAUUUCUGCAGAGUGUUAAUGCAUUUUUGAGGUGUAAAUGAAACUCGUCAGCGUGCGUAUGGAUGCCACCUAGGAAUAAUUGUAUUUGAGUAGGGUUUGUUUUAGUCUGGAAUGAAUAAAUUGUACUAUAGAGAAAUAA